AUGGUAUUAUUGGGUUUUGGUAUAUUCAAAGCUUACUACUUGUUCAUGAAAUAUGAUGCCAACAUUUCAAAGGUCUCACAAAUUAGAUCGAUGAGUGAUGGUUUAGUAUUUAAACCUCAGGAAUUCGGAAUAUACGAGACUGAUUAAAUCGAUUCAACAGGUAAGAAAUUUAAGGACAAGAUAAGAAAAAAUUUAAAAUUGGACAAAUGCCAAGAUAAGUAUUUCAACUAUACGAAUCAGUCAGAAGUUGUAUUGAAAGGAAUUUCUAAUUACUUAUGCACAGUCGAUGAUAACUAUCAAUUUUAAGGGAACUUCUAUCAGUAGAAUUUUGAAUAUGUGGAAAUUAAAUUAUGGAAAUGUCUUAAUUCAUCAUCUCCAGUUGUUUGUCAGGACAAGUAGAAGAUUGACGAGUAUUUUGAGAGAGAAAGUUUCAAUUUUGCUUUCAUCAAUACUUACUUUGACUUUAAUGAUUACGACUCUAAAGAUGUCAUUAAGAAAUUUAUAGAUGACUCGUUUUUUCUUGAACUGGAGGCUUAGAAGAUAAAAAAAUCGAAUAUUUACAUUCAGCUUCAACAAGCAGAGACUCAAGAUAGUUAUUUAUAGUUUGGUCAGUUCAAUGCACUUGAAUUCCAUUAAAUCUCAAAUUAAAGGAGUUACGAUGAUGGCUAUUCUGAUUUAGAAGGAUAUAUCGCUGCAGUUUACAUGAGAUUCGAUAACAAAUACGAUAGAUAUAGUAGAAAAAUAUACUCCAUUUUAGAAUUUUUAGGUGAUAUUGGAGGACUUUAUAGGUCUUUAUUUACAAUAGGUUUCUUAAUUGUUGGAUAAAUUGCUAGUCAUUUGUUUUUUAGUGAUUUGAUGCAUAAAAUCUACUAAGUAAGAAAGAAAUUUGAUACUGAUGAUGAGGAUUAAAAGUUAGGCUAAGGAAUAUCUGAGUAAAAAACUAACGAGAAAAAUGAUAAGAACAUCAAAAAUCAAGAGAAUUAAUCUCAAAAGAAAGAUAUUUGA